UGUGAUUCAAUUAUGUAAGUCCGUUUGCGUCUUACGAUUAUUUAGUUAUUUAUGUGUGGUCCUGAUUAUCAAACCGAAAACGACAGCUUUCAUAGGCUGGAUGAUACAUUUACGUUGAUGUGAGCUUGAAGACUACACGGGGCACCGACAUAUAAAUUAAUAAAGGAAGCGAAGAUGGCAGCGUUAUAUUUCAGUUGCCUUAUAAUGAUUCUCUGGCCCUUGCAUACAGCCUGUUGGGAUGGGAACGAACACUCGCACAACACCCCCUGCGAUUACUGCAAAAAUGGUGGAAGUUGCGAAUAUAGCGGUCAUCGUGAUAUAUGGUGCCAUUGUCAAUCCGGUUACACUGGCGAUCGGUGUGAAGAUGUAGUGCACGGGAAUGGUAACUCAGUUGAAAAAUGCGAAACACGUAUUCCCUGUCAAAAUGGCGGGACCUGCUACUUCGACCAGAAUCAUCAACCAAUAUGUAACUGUGUGCCCGGUUAUACUGGACCGCUAUGUGCAGCCUCCGUCACAAUCACAACCAUCACUGCCAUCUCCACCACCGCGGCUAUCAUCACUGCCACCUCCACCACCGCGGCUACCACCACUGCCAUCUCCACCACCACUGCUACCACUCCUUCCACGACAACAGGAUCUACAAUAUGGACAGCUACAAACCCGGCCUGUGUCAACUACGAUAAUUCGGUACACCCUUGCAAAGACAACUCUGCUUGCACUCUUCCACAUGUGAAGGGAGUUAUAUGCCCGGACCUAAACGAGGCGCACUACUGUCCAGUCACGUGCGGCUGCUGCAACAAUGCUACGACAACCACAAUAAUGCCAUAGAAUACGCAAUUAAUGACAUCAGAUUUGAUUCCUUUUGGCAAUAAAUUGGUGCUUUAGUCAUUGUGUUGCCUUAAAUUCAAUAAAGAUAAGUAACCGCA